AUGUCAGGGAACAAAGGCAUCAGUUCAUAAACCAGCUGCUGUAACAAAUUGCUCACAAAUAGUAAAUUGCUCCAACAGAAAAUCAAAGGCAUCGGCAUGUUAUCGUUACGAUCCAUUGGCUUACGUUUGCCAGGAGCAGCUACAGCUUCCAUUUUGGCUGCAUCUGCAUCCCGUCCAGCAUAUACUGCUCUCUUCUUGGGGGUAUCACGUCGUCUUACUCAUCACGAUGGCACACGGGCAAUGAGCGGUGAACGGGAGGUUGUUGGCUAUGGCAUUAAUGGUUCACCGAUUUACAUUGACUGUCCGGACUUUCCAUUUCCGGCCAUACGCUAUUGUGAGGUGACUCCAGAGAUUUGCGCCUUGCGCGAAAAAGAGCAAAGCGAUUGGAAGAAGCUAUCGCUGGAGGAAAAAAAACAAUUGUAUCGCCACAGCUUCUGUCAGACUUACUCAGAGUUUCAAUACUUUACAUCUGACUGGAAAUUGGUGGUCGGCAUCGGCCUGUGGGCUGUUGCCAUUGGUGUCAUGUGCUCUAUAUUAUACAGUAUGCGGCUAGACCGCAUAACACCAGAAACCUUCGAGGAGGAGCGUCGACAGGCUCAGCUGCGUCGUAUGAUACACUUGCAAAUUCAGCCAAUUACUGGUCUAUCCUCCAAGUGGUGCUAUGAAUCAAACAAGUGGAAGUAGAAUGGUAUUCCGCGAAUUAUUUUUAUACUAAUCGAUACGAGAUGCUGCAACAUGAUAACCAUACACAUACAUACAUUCGGUGAGGGUAAAUAUUUACAUACAUGUUAACCAUACAAAUACUAAUGUUAACUGACAAUUAAACUUGUAUUAAAUGUCAUUCCAUAUCUAACG